AUGUCUACCCACUCAGCAGUUGUUACCGCCUCAGUCCGCGGACCCCUUGAAGUCAUUCAAGUCCCUACGAUCAAACCUUCGACAGGUGAACUCCUUGUCAAGGUAGAAUGGACGGCUUCUACACCCCUAGAUCUCCACCAGAAUGAUAGCGGGCUUCUCGUGCAGCAUCCACAGAUACUGGGGGGCAACAUCGCCGGGACAGUCGUAGAACUUGGUCCGGAGGUGAAGAAUCUCAAGCUCGGAGACAAGGUAUUCGGAUUCGCAUGGAGAGAGCAGAAAGAAAAAGCACACCAGGAGUUAGCUACUGUCCCAGAGUAUCUCCUCGGAAAAAUCCCAUCCAAUGUCACCCCGCAAGCAGCAGUAACGCUCGCCGACAACUUCGUCACAGUCUUCCACGCCAUCACCACCGACCUCCGCCUUCCCCUCCCCUGGCCCCGCCCCACCGCAGCACCCGAACACGCACACUCCCCCAUCCUGAUCUGGGGCGGUGCUUCGUCCGUCGGGCAAUACGCCCUCCAGAUCCUAAAGUACUACAAUUACACCAACCUCCUGACCACCGCCUCCCCGCACCACCACGAGUUCCUGAAAUCGCUCGGCGCGAAAGCCGUCUUCGAUUACCGCCAGCCCGAUGCGCCGGCCCAGAUCCUCGCCACGGCCGGAGCUGGCGGUGUGCCGUUCAUUCUGGACUGUAUAGGAUCUCAGAGCGGGAGUCUAGCGCCGCUGGCGAAGAUCGCGGGUGAGGGGAGUAGAGUUGCUGUUUUACUGCCGGUUAUUGUGCGCGAUGCGACUGAGACCGAGGCGCCCGAGUAUGCGAUGGAUGUUAGGGCUUCCGCGGCGUGGAAAGAGGGCGUCGAUACUAGGGGUGUCAGAACGCAUUUCUAUCUUGAGAAUGAGUUUUUCAAGGAGAAGCUCCAGAGCGAGAUCAUGCCUACACUACUUGAGCAAGGCAUCAUCAAGCCGAAUAAGUAUCGGAUUAUCGAGGGUAAAACACUGGUUGAGAGGGCACAGGGUGCUAUGGAUGCGCUAAGGCGGAAGGAGGCGAGUGGGGAGAGGUUUGUAUGGAGGAUUUCUGAAUAG